CGUCUAGUCCAGUCUCCGAUCGCGGAACUCCCAGUCCCCUUUCCUCUAGCAGCAACCAUAGGUAGAUCGGCAAAAAUCGUCUCACCUUGAUCGCGGCGCGGUGUUGUGGAGGAGGACCUUUGGAGAACGUUUCUGACCGUCCGUGCGGAAAGAACCGAUCUAGUGUGCUCAGUCUCGCGUCGAACGUCGUGACGGAGAGAGGUAGCUUCUGCUUCUCGGUACGAUAUUGAACCACAAUGUCAGCAGACUGGGCGAAGCCGCGGCCUAUCGACAUCGAGUUCGUCAAACUGACGUACGCGACGCCUCACAAGUCACGAAAGCGAGGCACGAAGCAGAUCCUGAAGGGUGUUUCGGGUCGCUUUCGGUCCGGUGAGCUCUCCGCCAUCUUGGGACCUUCGGGGGCCGGAAAGACUUCGCUUUUUCACAUCCUGACGGGGUUUCACCGCAGAAACGUCACCGGCGAGGUGCGGUACCUGGGGACCGAGGGGCCCAUUGACUUUGAGGAGUACCGAAAGACUCUGCGUUACAUCCAACAGGAUGACAAACUCUAUCCAAGCUUCACGGUAAUCGAAGCGAUGCACAUAGCUGCUGAACUCAAGCUCGGGGCCCACGUCUCGGCAGCCGCUAAACGCGCGAUAAUCGAGGACACCUUGAAGACCUUCGACAUGACCAAGGUGCGGGAUGUGCGUUGUGACCUGCUCAGUGGGGGCCAGCGGAAGCGACUCUGCAUAGCCGUAGAGCUCGUCGACAAUCCGGGGGUCGUUUUCCUCGACGAGCCCACCACGGGACUCGACUCGCUACUCUCCUCCGAGUGUAUCACGACCCUGAAGACCCUAGCCGCCGACCAGCGAACCGUCGUCUGCGUCAUCCACCAGCCCAGCGCCGCCAUCUUCGAGGCCUUCGACAAGGUCUACUUCCUCGCCGACGGAAAGUGCGUCUACCAAGGCCGGCCAGGCGAGACCGUUUCCUACUUCAGGGAGCUCGGCCUGUGCUGUCCACUCUAUCACAACCCCGCCGACUACGUCACGGAGGUCAUAAGCAACAAGCUCGAGUUCAUCGAGGAGCCCGAAUUCACCGAAGAGUUGGUCGACCAGGUCGAUUUGGGGUGGAUUGAACGGCGGCCGGUAGUCGCCAAACACACCAAACUCUUCGUCUUCGAGUUUCACAAGUUCACGGUGCUUCUGAAACGGUGCGUCGUUCAACUUUGCAGACAGUGGACCGACGUUCAGAUGAAAAUCGGGCUUAACAUUCUCCUCGGCAUUCUUCUCGGCGUCAUGUUUCGCGACGCCGGUAACGACGCCUCGAAGACCAUGGACAAUAUCCGGUUCCUCAUUAGCUCCUCCGUCUUUCUCAGCUACACGACGCUUAUGCCGGCCGUCUUGCGGUUCCCGCUUGAGCUCCAGGUACUCCAGAAGGAGCAUUUCAACAACUGGUAUCACCUCAGGACCUACUUUGCGGCGGUUAGCUUCAUCGGCAUACCCUACCAGGUUGGCCUCGCCCUCAUCUACUGCAGUAUAAGCUACGUCCUUACGGGUCAGCUCCUGGAUCCGAUGAGGUUCCUGCUCUUCUGCCUCGUCGGUGUUUGUACCUCGCUCACUGCCGAGUCUAUCGGCCUGCUUUUCGGGAGCCUGUUCAACCCCGUUAACGGUACCUUCUUCGGAGCAGCCACCCUUGCCGCGAUGCUGUCACUCGCCGGGGUCAUUCCGCUAUUCCAACACAUGCCGGCCAUCAUGUACAACAUCAGCUACCUCAGCUUCCUGCGAUACUCCGUCGAAGGUAUGGCAGUGGCCGUUUACGGCUUCGGACGCGAGAAGCUGCCUUGUCCCGACAAUCUCACUUACUGUCAUCUUCGUUAUCCGAAAAAGAUCAUGAGCGAAAUGUGCAUGGACGACUCUCGAUAUUGGACCAACAUCGCUGCUCUCCUUGUAAACUUCAUCGUUAUUCGGGCUUUGUCAUGCUUCGCACUUAAGAGGAGACUCUCGCAGCCCUGUUGAACUGUCAUUUACGAGUGCGCGUGGCGGUGAUGUUAUAUUUAUUUCUUAUACCUGUUAUGAACAUUUGUGAUCCAAUCAUAUUUUCGCAGCUUGAGAAGAAAGGAACGGAGUAA